AGGAUCCGAGCUACAUGGUGAAUUCACCCUCUCCGGAGAUUUUUCUGAUGGGAAUUAAAGGCAACAAAUACAGAACAACUCCCACCACAGACACCCCAAUAAAACUAAAUGGCUACACAGAGGAAGAAGCUGAUAAUAGAUACAGACGGCGGUGUAGACGAUGCACAGGCUAUCUUCAUGAUGUUGGACUCCACCGUGUAUGACGUCAUUGGCUUCACGUGCGUCAGAGGUAACAGCGGCGUGAACCAAGUCGUACGGAACGUUCUGAAAAUACUCACAGCUGCGGACAAAUUAAGUAUUCCAGUUUAUGCCGGAUGUGCGUUUUCCAUUCUUGGUCAACACGUGAUACAAAACUCCUAUCAAGGUGUCGACGGCCUCGGCGAUUGUCAAUCAGCAGAGGAACCGGAUGUCAGUAUUCUACAGAGAGAAGCAGCGACGGACGUAAUUAUCCGGUUAACGAAGGAACACCCUGGGGAGAUAACCCUGAUGUGUAUAGGCCCACUGACCAACCUUGCCACAGCCCUGAAGGUGGACCCAGACUUCAGUUGUCGUCUAAGAGACUGCUAUAUAAUGGGAGGCAACUACUAUGGUAAAGGUAACAUAACAGUGAGCGCAGAGUUCAACUUCCACGCCGACCCGGAAGCUGCUUAUAUAGCACUAGAGCAGCUUCGAUGUCCGACGACACUGGUUGGCUGGGAAGUUUGUGAGGAAAACGGACCUACUUGGGAUCAGUACCACCAAUUACGGAGUUUCUCGGGCAAACGCAACCAAUUCUUGAAGGCAAUAGAACAGAAACCUGUCGCGUUUUCCAUCAAACAAGGUUGGAACUACUCACCGGCUGAUGAGUUUUUGGCGGCUUGUAUGUUGAGUCCAUCAGAAGUUGUCAUGGAGACCAAACACGUGUACGCAACUGUAGAGCUAGGUGGAAAACUCACCUACGGACAAAUGGUGGUCGACUGGAACAAAGUACUCAAGAAAGAGCCAAAUUUAACCAUCGUCACCAAAAUCGAUAAAGACACAUUUUUUACUGCUCUUCUGAAUACUGCGAAGAGCGACAUUUAAUUUUUCUAAACAUUCUAUGUGGUAUUAGACAUAUGUAGCAGGGUGGUUUCACAAAAAAACAAGAGUUCUUUUCUAUUCAUAUUUAUUCCACAGCACUGACAAACAUGGUUCAACAAUCGUAUAUAAGACUACAUACCGUAUAAUAAAUGGACAUAACUCUUACAAACUUUUUACUACUAUUUCAUACUGUUACAAUUAUACAGAAUACAAUGUACAUGGAAAUUAUCAUUUCUCAAUUAUAUACCUUAACAGGUUUCAUGGUAAUCCACUGAACCAUUUAAUGCAAAAGAAAUAAAAUAAAGGAAAUAUUAAAACUAUCUUUGACAACUAAAGUUAGAAUAUAGCUAGCAUGGGAAUAUAAAUUAGUUAAAAUGUACAUAUAUCAGGCACCUGUGUAUAGCACAGAGCCAAGAUGAAACCUAUGUCAUCAAAUCACUUUUGUUUCUCUUAAAAAUGAUGAAUGUGAAUACAUAGAUAUAUAUACAUGGUACACAUUUCUGUUCUAUCUAGUAUAGUAAUAUUCAUGAGGAUUCAAACAUACACGAAAUAUAAAAACCAUAAAUCACUUGGUCAACUCUCCGAACACGUUUUACUUCACAUAAUAAUUCCAUUUAACUAUUAUUUAGAACUUUUCUGAAUAAUAGUUAAAUGGAAUCAAAUUACCAAUAUGUUUUAAUUUGCCAGAACCCUAGCCCAAAUAACUUUCAAUGUGAAGACAUUAUUAAUAUAAGAAAAUAGAGAAGACUUACGGUCAAAAGAAGUGUGUCUGUCCAAUGCAAUGUGUCUGCUGUGUUUCAUAAAAUCUUCGGCAAAACUGGCACAAAGAAAUCCCGCCAAAAGUGACCAAUAAAAAUAGAAAUCUAUACAAAACAUCUGACCAAUGAAAAUAGAAUAUAAACAAUAAACACACUGAACCUAAAGAUCCACACCAGGUAAACAUCACAGAUAAAGAUCACACCACAGGACAGGUACGUCAUAAUAUCAAAACAAACAAAGAACAUGCUGGGCACAACAUAGAAUAUAACACACAAUGAUUAAUUAAUAUAAAAUACUACAAAAUACAAUAAAAUAGGACUGCUACACAUAUUUCUAGAAUAACUGCAGUAAGGUUUUCUUUUGGUCUAAGUUAUAGUCAUUACAUACAAUGUAAAUGCUAUUGGGACUUAAAGAUUGCCAGCAAGCAAUUUCUAGUAAACAAUAUCGAUGUGAUCUUACUGAAUAACUGAGUAAAUGAAAGGUUAAAUAUGGCUUUGAAAGCAAUUGUUUUGACACGUUGUUUUUCUUCGUUGAUCAUUAUUUUCAUACAUUAUUAUAAUCUUACUUUUCUUCAUUUAUCUCUGCUCGUUGGACAUCUACCUAAACAUGUAGGAUAAACACUCACCUUACCCUGGAUAAUUGUACCAGUAUAUAGAGAUACGUGACUUUUUUGUCAUGGAUCAAAAGUAUCAGUGAACCCACUGUUAAUUAGAUAGUUCAAGAUACUAGUGUUGUCGAAGACUGCGAGAACAUGGUGAAUUAAAUUAACUUUUAUCUUUGGAUAAAUUUACUAAGUCGAUCAUUAAAAACAGUGCAGAAAAUUAAAAUUCGAAACGAAACAAAUAUGCAUUUCCGGCCUGUUGUCCGAACUAGACUCGACGAUGUGAAGUGGUAUCGGCAAUCAUCGACAUGUAAAACUGAAAAACAAUGUUACAAAAAGACCUAAGUUUGUUUGA